CCAACAUAGGUAUAGGUUAGCAUGCCCACCCCCACUUUAAUUGUUUUUUAAUUAUCCUAUUUUUAGUUAGUCUUGUUCUCAUGUCACGAGAUAACACAUUUAGUUCACAUAGUCAGCAUAAUAAUAUUAGAAUAGACUUAGUAUCCAAGGCGAUAGUAUUUCGUUUUCAAGUAUCUUUUUCUUGUAAUGUAAGCUGGGAGUCAACAUCGAGAGCGACACCAGUAUGUGUACAUAAUCUCCCGGCGGGGGUCUGCGCUACGAAAACUAAACGAGUCAACAAAAAAAGGUAUUCUAAAUAAAAUUUAUCACAAUAACAUAAACACACGCCCGUCCUUAUUGGAUACUGACACAGUGUAAACACAGUAUAACACUGGUUAUUAUUAUAUAGUGUGUCUUGUUAUUGUUCUUUUGUGAACGGGAGAUGACGACAAGUUUGGAAACAAUCGUUCUACUUGCUAUCAGUGAUCCGAUGGCGUACCGUUACGCAGUAAGAAUGCGCUUCGGAUGUUUGAGCCUUACGGUUCAUCACCAUGGUUGAUGAUGAGAUAGAGUAAGGAUGGCCUAAAUAAGACUUAAAUACCGUCAGGACAUGUGAUUCAACAAGAGAGAAAAAAAGAAAUCGAUCGAAGUAUUGGUUUCGUCGAAGUGUUACUAGUCACAGACAAAACAUCGUAGAAGAGAAGGAUAAUAAUAGAAUAAAGAAAAUAAGUUCCUUUUCUAUGAUAGGCCUAAUGUUGCGUCUUAAGAGGGGAUUAAGUUGUGCCGUCAAUAAAACCACCGGUUUGAGCGACCUGAUCACAAACUCAGCUACAAACAAGCUGACGGAAUUAGUGCCUCCGGCGAUUAAAUUUACCGCAGCGAAUUAGACACAAUUUGUGAAUAGACCUAGGCCUACCAUUUCUGACAAUUUAUUUUAUUCAUUUUCUGUGGAAAGUACUUGAUUUUUCGCGAAGGAUCGAAGUCGAAUACCAAAUCAAAGGACUAUCACACUUUUUGAGCAUGGAGGUAUACUGUAAAUGCAUUUUGGAAAGCAAUUUGGUCAAAAGGCUAGCUGCUUGGACGUACUUCAUUUUCUAGGCCCUCCUUCGCAGCGGGAACUGACCAAAUAUGACACAAGGAAAACCACUACGGAGUGACAUAAGCGCUGAGAUUAUUCAUCGUCCAGAUUCCGAUGAUGAGACUAGGGCUAGGGUUAACAAUACCCAGAUGCAGUCAGAAGGUGACGUGAAAACUCUCCUGAACUUUGUCAAUUCAGCUUCUUGCGAUAUCAAGGCAGCGUUGGACAAGUCCGCACCCUGUAAGAAGUUGGUUGACCAUAGGAAAUAUUUACAGAAGCAAUUGAAACGUUUUGCUCCGAGCCACGAACACCAAAUGGCUCUACCCCUUUCACAUGAUGUCCCUGUUGGAUACCGCCAUGGUAUGGAAUCACCGAGUGCAGGGGACGUCGCUUCAGACUUAGCUGUAUUCCCAAAGCGAACCUCUAGGACUCACCUUGACAGCCUCGCAAGUUUGUCGGAAGCUAGUAUGCACACCAAGCCUCGGAAGCGGCCUUACUCUUGCGUAAGUCAGUCGGCGCGUGAUUUAAGCAUCUCUACACAUACUGAAUUUAACAGUAAAGACAUUCUAGGAAAUGACGAAGAAAAGCAUUGUGAAAACUCGAUUCCGAUGAGGAAAAGACAGUUACCGGCUUCGUUCUGGAAAGAACCGUCUCAUAGCGAAAACCAUAAAACUAAAUCUACAUCAAUCGAGCUUUUAUCAGAUUUGUCUACUGUAAAGAAAAACCAUUUUACAAGCCUUCUCAUGAAAGAUGCUUUUCAAGAAAAGGGUUUAAUUUACCCACCCGUGUCAAUUCCUUGUUUUCCUCUGCCUGCACCACCUCCCCCACCACCCGUUCUGGGCGUCCCAUACGGUAUGCCUUUUAACCCCUUAUCAUCAACACAUUUUGGAGACCGUUUAGCAUUGAAUGCCCGGGGAGUUGAUAUAGGGACAUGUCACUUGCCGAAUUGCAAAUGUUCUUCAUUUUCUGAUGAUUCGAACUGGUUUGCUAGGCCAUCCGGUGUUUUCCACGGGCACCAGAUGCCGCACCAAGCAAAUGGACUCAAUUCGCCAGUAUCGCGGCAUUGGCCGCCUGUCGCUCUUUCCCUCCCGCUAAAUGAACACUCAGACUUUUUUCACCCGCCUUUCCCAAGAAUUUUGAAACCUGUAGCUACUAAAUCAAUUACAAGCUAUCCAAACAGAUUCCACCCUAUCUAUUCGUGAUGACAAACUACGAACACAGAAGUAUAAUCGCAGAAGUGCUGAGGAUUUACUUUGUUCAAAUUGGACCUAUCUGACAGGACAGUUCCUCCAUAUUGUCAUUUGUACAUUAGCGCAUCAUUUGAACAUCGUGCUUAGCUAUUCAUGGGAUCCGGCUCCGAAAAUUAUACCUAGUCCUAGGAGACCUACUGUCGAAAUUACAGCGAUGUUAAUUUCAGGAUGAUAAGCUGAAAUGUUUGGAAAAUGCUUUUAUCAUUAAAAAAAAUAAUUGUAAAGACAAUAUUUACAGUAAAACUGUCAAUUGCAAUUCGGCGCUGGUAAUUAAUACAGUAAUUAGGAUCUGAGAGAGCGAUAACUCGGGUCUUGCUGUGGUUUUGCAUAUUUGCAUACGCCUCGAACAAUAUAUCCCUCAUCU